AUCAAUGAGGUGGAUGAGAAAGGCAUGACUAGAUUGCAUCGAGCUUCUUAUAGCGGACGGGUGAAGGACGUGGAGUUCCUCCUUACUAAUGGCGUCGAGCCUGGGAUGAAGGAUACGGCUGGAUUCACUGCACUCCACUAUGCAGUGCUGGGAGGCUCGGAGGCGGUAGUGAGGCUUCUUGCAUCAAGAUGUUCUCUGAGGGAGGUCAUUGACGAGCCUGAUGUCAAGGGUAACACAGCGUUAAUACUCGCAACCUUACGACGAAAUAAGCCCAUGGUGCGAGCUCUCGUUGACAAUGCGGCAUCUCUCGAACUUCAAGAUUCAGCUGGCGUGACGGCACUCCAUCAUGCUGCCAGGCUAGGUUUUGAAGGUGGCGUCAAAUUGAUCAUCAAUCAAUCUCUGGAUAUUAACAUGCCAGACAAACAAGGUUACACGGCUGUCCAUCAUGCAGUC